CUGAUAAGGAGAACACUCCCAAUUUCCAAAUCAAAUUACUCGUAGGAAAUAACAAUUAUUGCUAUUGCCUUUUACUAGUUGUCUAUUGUUACCAUUUUGUGUUUUUUCUUUUAAUUCAUUAUUUUGCACACUCGAUGUUUACAUACUUUAAUAAAUUUUAUUACCUAUAACGUUGUAGAUUGUUUUUUUAAAUUUUUUUUUUAAGGCUCGUCGAUUGUGUUUAAUAAUGGACAGCACCAACGAACAGGCGGACAAGCUGAUAAAUCAUGUUCAUAUUGUCAUUACGGAAGCUGAGAAACGCAUGAAUUCGACAUUGAGCCUGAAAGAAUAUUACACGGUUUAUAUCAUCGAAACCAAGGUCGACAAUCAAGAAUGGGCAAAACCUAAAGAACUGCAAAAAUUGUCAUUGGCAACUAGAAGGUACACAGAUUUUAUCACGCUGCACAAUCACUUGGAGCAAAAGUAUCCUUGGGUAGUGGUGCCGCCGCUGCCAGAAAAGAAACAGUCGUUUAUGUGGAAACGUGACGCCGUAUCGGAUAAUAUGGACCCAGAUUUUGUUGACCGCAGAAGAGCUGGCCUGGAGAGUUUCCUGAGAAGGCUAGCCGGUCACGCUGAACUUGGUUUCGAUGAAUCCUUCAUUCAGUUUUUAGGAGAGAAAGAAAAUUGGACAGACACCGCCAGACCUUUAAAUGGUAUUUUGAAGGACACCGAACACACUAUCAAAAACAUGAACGUUUCGAUACGUAACAGGACGUCCGAUGACCGUUUCGAAGCUAUCAAAUCGUACAGCAAUAAAUUACAGAAUUCUGUGAACAAAGUAUUAUCGUGUCGAGCUAAACGUGCGGAGCGGCUGUACAAUGUUGAUAUGUUACACGCGCAUUAUGGACGAAUUUUCAGCGAACUCAGUGCUGUAGACAACGACAUCGGUGACGCCGUCCAGAGAACUGGUCAUUAUAUGGAUUCAAUCGCAUCGGCUAUUAGUCCGGCAUUAGAAGACGAAGAGAUUAUCAUGGACCAACUUAAAGAAUAUUUGGCUUUCACAAAUUCCUUACAAACGUUUACAAAAAAUCAUGAUUCGAUGCAUUACAACUUGGAUCAGUUGAACAACUUAUCGAAUAGCAAAGAAACUAGCGGUAUAAUGUCGAGGCUGUUUGGAUAUACAUCAUCCGUGGCGGGACGAGACGCCGCAGCCAUUGAAGCUUUAGAAAAUAGACGCAUCGAAGCCAGAACCGCUUAUGGAGAAUUUGUAAGCAAGUCGUUGGAAAACUACAAAACAUUCGAACGACAGAAAGACGAGGAUCUGAUGAAAAUUCUCAAAGACUACGUAGCUUUUCAAACCAAAUAUGCCCAAAAGGGCUUACAGACCUGGAAAAAUAUUCUACACAGCAUACAGAGCAUAGAUUAGUGCAUCAUUAUCAACUAUCACAUUCACAUAAUAAUAAUAAUAUCAUUGUUUGAGUCAAUUAAUUCUAAGUUAAGCAUUUGUACCAUUAUCAUUGUUGUUGUUUAAUUAUUUUUUAAAAGUAUUACUGUUAUGGCUAUAAACUGCCUUGAGCCAAAAACAUUACUUUGAUAGAUUCUAAAAAAAAUUACCAUAAUUAUAGCGCUGUUAUUUGUUUAUUUAG